CUCAGCUCAAAGAUAGCUUCUAGGAUGUGUUCUUCGUACUUUCUCUCUCUAGGGCUCUGUUUUUGCUCUGAAAAUCCCAUUCUCUCACUUGCAGCCCGAAAUUGGGUAACAACCAGAAAUUCCCGACUCACAUGGGCAGGCCACACGGCCGUGUGAGAUACCCAGUUGCCCGUGUGAGAUCAAAACGCCGCGUUUCCAAUAAUUGCACUUCAGGCUACCUACACGGUCAGGGCCACACGGCCGUGUGGCUCACCCUGUCUGCCCGUGUGAAGCCUCGCAGAAUCCCACACGGCCACAAUGCAACUUCACACGGUCGUGUGGGUUUUAUUCCAGCCCGUGCGAAGGCUCGCAGAAUCCCACACGGCCAGAUUGGUUACUUGCACGGCCGUGUGGGUUUUGUGUGUGCCCGUGUGGCUUCCUCAGUGACUCGCCGCGUGUCCGAUCUUCGUCCAAUCGACCCCGAACUCGCUCCUAAGCCUUCAUUCACUUACUAGGACCUGAAAUAUCACAAACAAGCACAACCUAGCGUGAAAUCGACCUAAAACACGAGAAUCAACACCUCAAACGGCUCCAGAAUAGGGGUAAAAACAUGUGUAAUUAAUGAGUCAUCAGCAUCCACACACUAGGCGGUCGGUUCGAUGGGGUGGAUGAAACACCCUAACCCGGUCGGGUACUACUUUUACUAAAAUGCCCUUGAAAAUAAAAUAACCAAAUCUUAAGUUUCAGCGGGAAAAUUUUCAUAAUAAAAUACUGAAAACACA